AUGGCAGGUAAAUUCAUACGCCUCACGUACAAGAAAUUCAUGGAUACCUUUGUGCCGUCCCCACAUCCCGGCGUCACUUCGCCCAGCUACGCUGGUGCCUUUGACACAAUGCCCACAAACGAGAAUUCAACCGAGGUGGAGCUCGGCCCCUCAGACACAAAAAUACCUCACCUUGAGAAGCACAUGUAUGAACCUUUUGUUAAGUGUGUACGGACAGCAGGACUCUGCCCGCGAUAUCAAGUUAAGAUUGCAGCUGAUAAGGGUGAUACGGGGGCUGGCUCUCGGCAAAAAGUGGACGCUGCUUUGUUCCGGGAAGAGGACGUACCACACUUGAUUGCCAAGCGGCCGAACUGGGAGAAGCAGCGACUAUGGAUUGAGUUCAAGCGGGAACUCUCGGGAAACGACCCAUUCGAGGAGCUGGCGAGCGGCGGCUCUUCUCCAUUUGAGGCUAGUGCACUCCAGCGGCGCCGAAACAGGGGUCAAAUUAUCUCGUACGCAGAAGAAAUUUUUCGGAAGCAACAUCGCUGUUUCCUGAUUAGCGUCCUACUUCUCGGAGACUAUGCCAGGCUGCUCUACUGGGACCGUGCCGGUGCUUGUGUUAGCGAGCGGUUCAACUAUCGUCAAAGACCUGAGUUAUUGGGUGACUUUCUGUGGCGAUACUCUCAUCUGACCGACGUGCAGCAAGGUCUGGAUCCAUCUGUGACAUGGGUUUCGAAGGGUUCCGCAGAGUACCACAGGAUGCAGAACGCAUUACAGAGCGUGGAGGAAGUCGCGCUGUAUGUGAAGGAGUACUUCAAGAAGAGCAUCGAGGUCGUUAAAGGAGUCAAUGAGUGGUGCGGUUGGAAGAUUGCUGUAAGCGCCGAGAAAGCACUAUCCAGCUAUUCAAAUAACAGCGACAAUGCCGAGCCGCCUCCACCCCGCGUUGGCUCACAAUCGUCGGAUUCUAGCGACAGACCAUCAGCGGCUAUUGUCGAGUCGACUACGUCUAGCGUUGACGCAGACUCAACGCAUUACUACUUAGUUGGCAGGCCCCACUUCAUAGCUCCUGGGAUGGCUGGGCGUGGCACACGUGGAUACGUGGCGUACGAUCCAGAAAGAAACACUUUUGUGUUUCUCAAGGAUGCAUGGCGCAUUGACCUUCUUGAGAUCGACAAGGAGGGAGAAGUCCUUGCGCUUCUGAACCAGAAGAAUUUAAUGAAUGUCCCGACGCUCGUCUGCCAUAGGGACGUCUAUAGCGAAGUUGAGUCUGCCUCCGGAACACAACGACAACCACAGAGUACUGUGACGCAGCGUUAUCGGAAGGCCCCUGUUGUACCCGCUACGACGCACAAUCCUAUGAAAACACAUACCCACUACCGCCUUGUCGUUGAAGAAGUUGGACGGCCGCUGGAGGAUUUUGCAAAUGGGCGUGAAAUGGUCAGAAUUGUAUGGGACUGUGUGAUAGCUCACAGGGACGCCGUCGAGCUUGCGGGUAUCCUGCAUAGAGAUAUAAGCACAGGGAAUAUCCUGCUGCUUGAAAUCAAGAAAAUCACCAAAGACGGGAAGGUGGGAACGUGGCAAUUCCGUUCUGCGAUUUUGUGUAGUGAGCCAUCGAGAGCCGUCGACAUUGCGGACGAACUAGAGUCGUUCUUCCAUGUCCUUCUCUACAAUGGGGUCAGGUACCUAUCCCAUAAUUGCCCGGACGUCGGCGCCUUCUUAUACCUCUACUUUGACGUGGCCGAAGAUUGGAAUGGCCAGUAUAAGUGCAAUGAAAAGAAGUGGAAUGCCAUAGAAACUGGCACCAUCAAGGUGAAAGGUGGGAUGAAGCAGUUACAAUUCUGUUGCAGCUCUGGCGACCUUCCUGAUCAUCCACUCAACGAGCUGUUUCCUACUCUUUUGUCUUGGUUCAGUGCUAGGUACCGGAUUGGCUUUGCUGAUGGCACCUUCUCCAAUCCUCAUCAAGCUUCACGGACGACCUUCCAAAGCCAUGCCCCUCUGGCCGAAAUACCCCAAUCGGGACAUGACGACUUGGACCUGUUCGAUGUUCCGUAUGCGAAGGGCCUGGAUAAGGACGAAUUAAGGUUCCGUGAAGCCAUGAGCUCCGCAGAACUACUGAAAGAAAAACUCCUUGCCGAACAGCUCUCCGAUCACACUGCGAUAGUUCUUCAUAUGAGACUGCUCCUGCAAGAUGCCUCACGAUGGCCUAGCAGGGACAAACAGCUGGAUCAGCUUCCUCUGAAGUACGAAUAUAAUGCUGAAUGCACAACCAUGCAAAUGUCAACACUUAAGCGUACAGUCGAUACUCUGCAAGAUCCCAUCUUGUCUUCCCAGAAGCGACCUAGGACGACGAAUUGGAGCAGUGAUGAAGCUACAGGCCUGCCGAGCAACUAG